AUGAGGAUAUUUAGCACGAAAUUGAGUCUUUCUGCAUUUCUCGCGUUCACAAUACUUCUUACCUCGCAGAAUAUUGGGGCAACAUUGUUUCCCCAAAAGAUGGCCAACAUCGUUAAUUCCUACCAGACGCCUUCCAAUUAUUCAGCCAGCUCCUGGCUGGAGAAUUAUGGUCCGAAUGAAGCCUCAAUCACUUUGUUCCCUACUUCCUCCUCCGCUACGAACGUGGUGAUAGGCAUUGGCACGAUUUUAUAUCGCACAAUGGCACAAGGAUCAUCACUGCGAAUCACGAUCAUACCAAUCCCCAAACCAUCACCCUUUCGCCUCCCAUAACUGCACGACGCAUCCGCAUAGUGCCCUAUCGACGAGAUUCUCCCCAGUUCAUGUGUCUUAAACUCUCCGUCCUAGGAUACAACUUUGAUGAGUCACUAGUGAGUUAUGAGAUUCCGGAGGGAGAUGCUUAUCACAGGGGUUCAUCCUGGGCUUCCCUUAAUGAUUCCUCUUACGAUGGAGUACGUCUUUAUUCCAAACGGGAGGGUGUUAAGAGAAACCGCCUAAGUGGUGGACUGGGUGUUCUUGUGGACCGUCAAAUAUACCCUGGAGGAGAUAUUGGAAGAGCUUUAGAAGCACCCUUCUCUCUGCGUACUUCACCACUAAAACACCGCCAGACUCUCAGUGGUCUUGUUGGGUGGUUUUGUCGGUCUGGCCUACCUCUAAAUGUGGUCUCCCCACCGCCCUGUCAAUCUCGCAAUGUCACUCUCCUAUUCACCUUUGAUUCUGCUUUAAUUAGCAAGAAAGUGGAUGAAGAAAAGCAUGGAGGCACACUUCUGGCACCAACAUUGCCUGUGGUGGUCACGCCGAAGCCGAAACUGCUUGACGGUCAGAUGGCGAAUUCUGCCAAUGAAACGAGUCGCCAUAAGGGCGCAACAACCCCACAACCAAUUGACGGAUUGGGCAAUGUAGAAGAGGGACAGACCGACCUCUCCCUUAUCAUCGGUUGUGUAUGUGUGGUCGGUCUGGUGCUUGUGGUCAGCAUCUUUGUUUUCGUUCUCUGUCGAAUGUGUCAUAGUGGUUCGCGAGGAAACCGGGCUCUCCUUGGUAAGAUCCCUAUGGAAAGAGGUAGUGAGGUUGGGGAUUGCAGUGGAAGCAAUAGCAAUAGUGGAAGGAAAGCAAAACCAAUGGACACUGCUGAUAAUGGCAUGGUGUCUGGUGGAGACGGACGGUUCGUGACUUUCGGAGGACAUCCGCCGACAGGAGCCUUCUGUUUGGCCAAUACAAUGACGACUGGGGAAAUUCCAUCUCCAAGCUUACCAGUCGACAUGUACUCCGCUUUUAAUGGAAAUGAUGGGAUGCUGCAAACUCUCCAUUUGAUGCAACAGCAGCAGACUGCGAGUGGCUAUGACCCAAACUUACGGCCACUUCUUCAAAAUGUCUCUGCACAAGGUUUCGGGACUCUGGGACAGAAUGGGGCACCACCACCGAUGUUCCAGGUACCUCCACCUCCCCCUCCACCCGAUCAGCCUCUACCGCCCUUGCCUCCCAUCACACCUACUUCAGGGGCUAGUGGGACUCAGCAACACCACCAAAGACCUUCCUCAACUGUCAACCCCUAUGCAGCCUCAUCGGCUGUCUCUAUUUUCGCGAAUGGUGGUAAUGGGACUACCAUGAUCACUAGCACUCAUACAGAUGGUUCGAUGGCUGAAUAUGCAAGUGCCUCAUUGAUAAGCGGCCAAAGUGGCUACCCGAUGCGUCCUUCGUCAACUCAUGGCGGCAACAGUGGUCUGUUAUUCACAUCCCAACCAAAUGCCUACCCAUCGGUCCAAAACUCUUCCGGGCAGGAUGUUUUUCUUCAGCCGACUACAAUGCUUGUUGGCACGGGUCUGGCCAAUGGUAACAUGGCAAAUACGAAUGGUGUUUUCCCUGUCAUGGUAUCCUGCUCAAGCGGCUUUGGUGACGGGGUCAUGCCCUCUUUUUCCAACCUCCCCUCCCACUCUAAAAACGGUCUUUUUGACACCCUCAAGUCCAUUGACACCUUGCCUCCUCAUGAAGAAAUGCGGUGAAAGUUAG